AUCUGUCCAAAGUCUCUAAUAUUAUCUAGACCCUAUACAGCGGGUGGCACAACCAGGCCAGUUGAGCAGAAUGUGCACAAUGAAGCACCUCAGGGAAUAAAUGGAAGUGUGCCAGUCAGGCAGCACCCACGUUCAGCUUCAAAUCCAAAGCCACAAGUGCCUCCAAAGCCAAUUCAUCUGCAGAAGGUAUCACCUGUUACAUACCAAACCCCUAGGCAUAAAGCUUUAUCAAAUCAGAAACCAAGAAUGGAGGAAGAGACUCCCACCACUGUUUCUGGUGUUGCAAAGGAAAAGUCCAGUAAAGUAUCAGAUCUCAUCAAUCGUUUUGAGGGAGGCAGCUCAUUAAAUCCUAGUGAUUUGAAGAAAGAUUCCUCUGUUCUCCACAUUUCUAAAUCUCAAGGAAGAUAUGGGUUAACACCACCACCUCAGCCAAAACUCCCCGCCCAGCACCCACUACCAAAACAGGGAAAUGGUAAUACUGACAAAACUCAGGUUGCACAAAUACACACUGCCAAUGGAGUAGUAGCACAAGACCAGAUGGAAGAUGAGGACAGGAGGUUACCAGAUUGUGGCUCUGCUGUGACCACCCCGGUUCCAGAUAAUGCCAUCAACAACAGCUUGAUAAAUGGGGAAAAAGAAAGUACUUCCAGAGAGUCACUGCAAAGCAUAACUGCCUGUGAAGGACAGAUGCUUAAGAGCUGCUACAGGACUCCAAGCAGUGAUACACUGCUCCCAUCUGAAAAUGAAACUCUAGAAAUUAAUACUAACAUGAAGGAAGAGCCAACUGAGGAAAUCAGUAAGCAAGAUCAACCUGUAGAAACAAAGGAGACAGAUGAGCAAAAACGUCACAAAAUUGCCAGUGAACUUCUGCAAACAGAAAAAGCCUACGUUAGUCGCCUUGACCUCCUAGAUGGGGUAUUCUAUUCCAGACUCCUUGAGGAAGCCAACAGAGGUUCAUUUCCAGCUGAAGUCAUUAACAAAAUCUUUUCUAACAUUUCAUCGAUAAAUGCCUUCCACAGUAAAUUCUUACUUCCAGAACUUGAGAAAAGAAUGCAAGAAUGGACUACCACCCCCAGAAUUGGAGACAUUCUGCAAAAGUUAGCUCCUUUCCUUAAGAUGUACGGAGAGUAUGUGAAAAAUUUUGAUAAUGCAAUGGAAUUGGUGAAAACGUGGACUGAACGGUCACCUCAAUUCAAAUUCAUUAUUCAAGACAUUCAGAAGGAAAAAGUGUGUGGAAAUUUGACAUUGCAACAUCACAUGCUAGAACCAGUACAACGCAUUCCACGCUACGAGAUGCUUCUAAAGGACUACCUAAGGAAAUUGCCUCAGGAUUCUCUAGACUGGAAAGAUGCUGAAAAAUCCCUGGAAAUUAUAUCCACUGCAGCAAGUCACUCGAAUAGUGCAAUAAGAAAAAUGGAGAAUCUAAAGAAAUUGUUAGAGAUAUACGAGAUGUUGGGAGAAGAGGAAGACAUUGUGAACCCUUCAAAUGAACUGAUAAAAGAAGGACAGAUCCUUAAACUCGCUGCUCGUAAUACGUCUGCCCAAGAACGGUAUCUUUUCCUAUUUAACAAUAUGUUGCUCUACUGCGUCCCCAAAUUCAGCCUGGUAGGAUCGAAGUUCUCAGUUCGAACCAGAGUUGGCAUAGAUGGUAUGAAGAUUAUAGAAACUCAUAAUGAAGAAUACCCACACACUUUCCAAGUAUCUGGAAAAGAGCGAACACUGGAGUUGCAGGCCAGUUCUGAACAAGAUAAGGAAGAAUGGAUAAAGGCACUUCAGAAUACAGUAGAAGCUUUUCAGCAGAGGAAUGAAACUUUCAGAAAUGCUAUUGCUAAAGAAUAUGAAGACAUGCCUGUUGAGGUAUCUAACGCUGAGCUUGGGAAGAGAGCACCAAGGUGGAUACGAGACAAUGAAGUAACCAUGUGCAUGAAAUGCAAGGAGCCCUUUAAUGCACUGACAAGGAGAAGGCACCACUGUCGAGCAUGUGGACAUGUGGUUUGCUGGAAAUGUUCUGAUUACAAGGCACAUCUUGAAUAUGAUGGCAAUAAAUUGAAUAAAGUCUGUAAAGACUGCUACCAUGUUAUAACUGGUUGUACAGACAGUGAAGAAAAGAAGAAGAAAGGCAUCCUGGAGAUUGAAUCUGCAGAAGUUUCUGGAAAUAGUGUUAUAUGCAGCUUUCUUCAGUACAUGGAAAAAUCAAAGCCCUGGCAGAAAGCAUGGUGUGUUAUACCUAAGCAGGAAGCUCUUGUGCUGUACAUGUAUGGUGCUCCACAGGAUGUUAAAGCUCUGGCUACAAUUCCACUUCUGGGCUAUACAGUAGAUGACACUCCAAGAAGUGCUGACCUCCCACACAGCUUCAAACUGACCCAGUCUAAGUCUGUGCACAGCUUUGCUGCGGACAAUGAGGAACUAAAACAGAAAUGGCUAAAAGUUAUCCAUUUAGCUGUAAAAGGUGAGACACCAGAAUGUCAAAAUGAACUGCAAGUGAAUUUAGAAGAGCAACCUGAAUCUUCUAAAACUUGUGAAUGCUGAAGCUCAAGAACACAUGGUAUUUUUGAAAGAUUUCAGUUGAAUUUGUGGUUAAC